AUGGCCCGACCGUUCAUAUUUGUUAUCCUUCUUUCUGCACAACUUUGUCUACACGUCGUCUUGUGUCAGGAUGAGGACUCACACAUCAAUACUUCACUUCUUUCAACAGUUCUUGAUAGAUUAACGAAUCGAACAACUUAUGACAAGAGGUUACGACCCAGGUACGGAGAGAAACCGGUUGAUGUAGGAAUCACGAUACACGUCUCUUCAAUUUCAGCAGUUUCAGAAGUAGACAUGGAUUUCACACUAGACUUCUACAUGCGUCAAACGUGGCAAGAUCCUCGUCUAGCAUUCGGAAGUCUUGACUUGGGCCUCUCGAAAGAAAUCGAUUCGCUUACUGUAGGCGUGGAUUAUCUUGAUAAACUUUGGAAACCAGAUACAUUCUUUCCAAACGAGAAAAAAUCAUUCUUUCACUUGGCAACAACUCACAAUUCUUUUCUUAGAAUUGACAGUGAUGGAACGGUUUAUACUAGUCAAAGAUUAACAGUAACAGCAACAUGUCCAAUGGAUCUGAAGCUUUUUCCAAUGGAUUCACAACAUUGUAAACUGGAAAUUGAGAGCUACGGCUACAGUAUCCUGGACAUUGUAUACGUAUCGCAUGAGAAGAAGUCCGUGUCCACAGAGUCCUAUGAACUACCACAAUUCGUUCUUCAAUCCAUCAAAGUGGUCAAUCAAACACAGAAACUCAGUUCUGGAGAAUAUUCUCGCCUCUGCUGGUUUUUCUUGUUCAAACGAAACAUCGGAUUCUACAUUAUUCAAAUCUAUCUCCCAUCCGUUCUGAUUGUUGUCAUUUCCUGGGUCUCUUUUUGGUUGAGUCGUGAUGCCACUCCAGCUCGUGUUGCUCUCGGAGUAACCACUGUGCUCACAAUGACAACUCUGAUGACAAUGACAAAUAGUUCCAUGCCGAAAGUGUCGUAUGUGAAGAGUAUAGAUAUAUUUCUAGGUGUGUGUUUCAUGAUGGUGUUCUGUUCCCUUCUAGAGUAUGCUGCGGUUGGAUAUAUAAGCAAAAGAAUGAAGCUUGUUCGAGCUAGAAAAGAAUCCAGAAUGCUAACUCCACUUCCACAUCUCGAACCACCUCCAAAACGGACAGUUUCAGUUCCAUCUUACUUCAACAACACCACGUAUCGUCCAUUUUAUUCUUCCACAGACCGAACUUCUAAUUUAUAUAUUCCGGAGUCACAACGUACAAUUAUAUUUGCAAAUGAAGAUGCAGUGCCUAACGAAUUGACUCCGAUGCUUGGACGGAGUAACUCACAAGCAUCUGUAUUUCUGUAUCAGACUGCAAUUAUACCAGAUGAUGACUUCGGAAGAUUCUGGAGAUGGCUCCGCCCAUCGAAUAUCGACAAGUACUCACGAUCUUUGUUUCCUUCUGUAACCGAGCACUCCUCUUUUCACACAUUGUACCAUGGGUAUCAAACAAAAGAUAUCGACUACUAUUGGGGAAAGAAACGAACGGAUUUGGAGACAACUGCUGUCAAAUUCGAUACAUUUCAAUUGCCACAAUUCCAGCCAACUCUUUAUUUUGUGAACACGACAAAGGCUGAAACUUCAUCAGGAAAAUACGUUCGUCUUGCUCUGGAAGUAAUUUUGGUUCGAAACAUGGGAUUCUAUACAAUGAAUAUCGUGAUACCAUCUAUUCUAAUCGUCACAAUUUCAUGGGUUUCCUUCUGGUUGAAUCGAGAAGCUUCACCUGCUCGUGUUGGUCUUGGAGUGACAACUGUGCUGACAAUGACAACUCUUAUCACGACAACCAACAACUCGAUGCCAAAAGUAUCUUAUGUGAAAGGAUUGGAUGUGUUCCUCAAUUUUUGUUUCGUGAUGGUAUUUGCUUCCCUUCUGGAAUACGCCAUUGUCUCUUACAUGAACAAAAGAUUGGUUCUUCGCCGUGAAAAACGAAGGAAAGCAGCAGAACAACAACAAAGAAAUGAGAUGCCAAUGUUCAAUGCGAGUCCGAAAGCAGCUAAUAACAAUGCUGAUUUGUACUUUGCUGGUCACAAUUCUUCUAUGAACCCAUUAAUGGAAAUUCCUGAAAACUGUGACUGUCGGACGAUUCCAAUGAUGCAACAUCCUCGUCUAGUCACAGAUGGAGCACAUACUUUAUGGCCAGCUCCGUUUGCAAGACCGAAGAAAGCAUCAAAAACAUGCUGUCAGCGGUGGACACCUGCAAAAAUAGACAAACUGAGUCGAUAUUGUUUUCCACUUUCUUUCUCUAUCUUCAAUGUAGUCUACUGGUUGUACAUGAAAUAUCUAAGUCUAAACUCCUCGGACAAAAUCCAGGAAAACGACAAAUGGCAGCACAUCCACUGGUGA